UCGGCCCCGCGCCGCGCGCCAGACCCGGCAUGGAGCAGGAGUGCCGGGUGCUCUCCAUCCAGAGCCACGUCGUCCGCGGCUACGUGGGCAACCGUGCGGCCACCUUCCCUCUGCAGGUGCUGGGAUUUGAAAUCGACGCCGUUAACUCUGUGCAGUUUUCAAACCACACAGGCUACACCCACUGGAAGGGCCAAGUGCUGAACUCCAGCGAGCUACACGAGUUGUACGAAGGCCUGAAGCUGAACAAUGUGAAUAAGUAUGACUACGUGCUCACGGGUUACACCCGGGACGCGUCCUUCCUGGCCAUGGUGGUGGACAUCGUGCAGGAGCUAAAGCAGCAGAACUCCAGCCUCGUGUAUGUGUGUGACCCGGUGAUGGGGGACAAGUGGAAUGGCGAAGGCUCUAUGUAUGUGCCGGAGGAUCUCCUUCCAAUCUACAGAGAAAAGGUUGUACCGGUUGCAGACAUUAUAACUCCCAACCAGUUUGAGGCUGAAUUACUGAGCGGCAAAAAGAUCCACAGCCAAGAAGAAGCACUGGCGCAGGUGAUGGACGUGCUGCACUCCAUGGGCCCCGACACUGUGGUCAUCACCAGCUCCGACCUGCCAUCUCCGCGGGGCAGCGACUACCUGAUCGCGCUGGGCAGCCAGAGGAUAAGGCAGCCCGACGGCUCCACGGUGACAGAGCGGAUCCGGGUGGAGAUGCACAAGGUGGAUGCCGUCUUCGUGGGCACCGGGGACCUCUUCGCCGCCAUGCUUCUGGCCUGGACACACAAGCACCCCAACAAUCUCAAGGUGGCGUGUGAGAAGACCGUGUCUGCCAUGCACCACGUCCUGCAGAGGACCAUCCAGUGCGCAAAAGCCCAGGCUGGGAAGGGGCAGAAGCCCAGCUCAGCCCAGCUGGAGCUCAGGAUGGUGCAGAGCAAGAGGGACAUCGAGAACCCGGAGAUUGUCGUGCAGGCUACGGUGCUGUGAGGCCGCGUGCACAGCGCCCGCCAUGCACAACCUAUCAGUGUCUUCAUCGUCGUCCUGUGAAAAUGUAACAUCUGCCCUAGAGCUGUGACUGAGACUCCAUUUGGUACCUGUUCUUCCCUGAGUGUCCAGCCUCCACUGUUGUGAAUUGUGAAAACGUGCAGGCUGCGCUUUUUAAAACUAACAAGGCAAUCAUGGACGGCUCCCGGGUCUCCCUGGGUAACCAGCUCCAGUUUACGGCCUUGGGGUGUUUUGUCCCCUCGGCUUCCAUCCGGUACAUGUAGAGGGUGUGGGAGUGGCCCGCUGUCCCAGGGGGAUUGUGUCAGUCCCGCCCCCCUCCUGCUGCUCAACCUGCGUCCGGAGUGGGUGGGUCUAGGAGUCCUGAGUCUUUGCCUCUCUAAGAAUGAGCUGGGUUUGAAUCGAGUGUAUCUGGAAGAAUUAUGCCAAAUAUCUUUAUUGUCAUUCUCGUAUUACCCGCCAUUCCCAUAUCGGAGUUCUUGUUUCUUAACUUGCUGCUCUCGAGUCCUGGGCAUCUCAGAUAUGGCCGUUUGGUCUAACCUGUAUGGAAGAGACUUAGGCCGGUUGCUCAGACUUGCCAGACACCGGGCGGGCCCGUUGGCACGUCCUGCCCGCGCCCAGCGGAGUCGAGCAAUGACGGGGGCCUGCUGUGUGCGCACCUUCCCGUGACCAUCUCCUGACCCCCGGCUGAGGGGAUGGAACUCAGUACAGGUGGAGCUGGGCGGCGGGCAGGCCGUGGGCUUCCGGGCAGUCACCAUGACUGUUUCCUGUGGAAACCUUGGCUAAUUCGCGGUGCGUGUGUUCUUCCCCACCGACUGCUGGUGACAGAGGCGUGGAGCCGCGGUGUUUGUUUAUAGACAGGCGUGGAGGACCGAGGAGGGGCUUCUGUCCCCCUCGUUAGCAUAUUUUCUCCCUGGGGCCGGUGACCUCACCCCACUCUCCCUCCACCCUGUGUUCUGUGCCAAGCAAAUGUCAGGAGGCAGGAGGCCCCUUCCUCAAAGCCAGCGCAGACCUCAGCUACCCCCACCCCACUCCCAGAUGGGGGGUUUUAGCCCGAGCUGGGGAACAGCAGCACUUCAAGCAAGCAGCUCUGGGGUCCCCCACAUCAGACCGGG